GCCAAUCAGAAGUGAUUACCGGAGGUCCACAGUGCACCAAAGUUUUGCUAGCUUCUACUGCUUGUACUCUAGCUAAACUCCUUGACCAGGCGACCUGCAACAACAUGGGGAGGCUGAAUUUUUACGUCCUUUGUUCCUUGCGUGACGCUCCCCGCCAGUUCAUCAGCAAAUCCAACCGAAGUUGUUUUCAAGUCCACAUCCCACUGCCUCUUCCCAAACAUCUGGUCAUCUUUGGUCUUGGUGAAUGGAAAUGCAUCGAGACAACAAUCUCCGUCGAUGUUGUGGUCAGUGCAGAAGUACCGGCCCAGAAAAUUGGGACUCUGUCAGCUCAAGCAAGGUGCUUGACCUGGGAGGGUGACUGGAGCCCUGACAUUGUCACAGUGGCAGCAGAGAGAAGCAGGAGAGGAGUUUAUGGCAAGAUUGUGCUCACAGUCUGUGGAGAGACUUGUGACCAGCCGCAGGAUAAAGCCAGUGUCUUCAGCAGUACUCCUCUUGUUCGCGGGAAGUUACUGUUCCCAGACCAGCAUGAUGCCACUGAUCUCUCUUGCAUGUUACACCAAAGCGCUGGAAAUGAAACGAUAACUCUCAACUCCUCACACUUGGCUGACAGCUUUGCUGACAUUCAAGUUAAUAAAACUGAAACCACUGAUUCCACUAUGGGAAAUUAUAAACCCCUGGUUUGGCCUACGGAUAAGACACCCAGAUGGAGAGUUAUUCGUAAGAGAGGCCACCUGACAUGGAGCUCCGAGGACACGGACAGUCUCGGAGAGGACAUAGACCAGGCUUCAUCCCCCAAGAAAAGGAGACUGUGUAGGAUGAACAGCAAAGAGGAAAUGACUGUGCAGAUAAAGACUGACAACAGAGAAGUUUCAGUGUGUCCAUCAAAGCGCUGCAGCCAUACGAUGUGUCUGAGUGACUUUGACACAGCCAUCCUCAUCGGAGGGGAGACCACCGAUCAAAACUGCUGCAAGGACUCGCUGUGGAAGCUCGAGUUGGAAAAUGACUUCUGGUUCCCCAUGAACUCCUCUGCCUCUGGACCUGUACCAUCCUGUGCCCGAGGACACUCUGCGACCUAUGACCCUGACUCUAAGUCUGUUUAUGUUUAUGGUGGCCUGAGGGAGGGUCAGCGCUACAACGAGCUGUACAUCCUGGACACUCUGACCUGGAAGUGGAAGCUUGUCACCGCAAAAGGGGAUGUUCCAAAUGUGGCAUAUCAUUCUUCAGCCUUUUAUAAGAAAGAGCUUUUUGUCUUUGGUGGAGUUAAGCCAAGCCGUUCUUCUGUGGACAAAUCCUGCAGUAAUGCUCUGUACAUCUUUAACCCAGAGUAUGAACUCUGGUACCAGCCGAUUGUGGAUGGGAACAAACCUCUGCCUCGAUUUGGACACUCAGCCACACUGAUGUCACAGAAGUUGAUCAUAUUUGGUGGACGGCAGACUGCGACCUACCUUAAUGAUGUUCAUGUUCUAGAUCUGGGAUUCAUGGAGUACACAGCUGUGAAGUGUGGGAACAUGCCACCACUGCCUCGAGGGUUUCAUGCAGCUCUACCAGUUUCAGACAACAGGAUUUUAGUCAGCGGAGGUUGCAGUGCAAUUGGAGCUCUGCAGGAUGUGCAUAUUUUCAACACUGACACAAACAUGUGGAGCUCAGUGGUGUCUCCUCUGCUUUGCUCCAAGCCUCGUGCAGGACACAGCAUGAUAAACUUGAGCUCCUCCAUCCCGACGGAGAGGCAUGAACAGGGUGAAAAUAUCAGUGUCCACUGCACAUUGCUGGUGUUUGGUGGAUCAGACAGCUCCGGUACAUUCUACAACGACACAGUGAAGUGCACGGUGGCAAUUCCUCAUGACAAGUGAUGGGGAAGAAAUCCAUUCAGGAAAAACAUUUUUAAUCAUUUUUAAAACGUGGAAGAUGCUGUGAUCUGCCCUGACAGUGCUAUCGUCCAAGUAUGGGUAUCUAUAACUGUUACUUUGGUUGUUUGUCUUACAUGUUAUUUACUUUUUGCAUGGUGUAUACUGCAGCUUAGAUGUUUUUGUUACUUCCUUUUCAAGUCCCUUUUAAUAACCAUUUAUCCUUCUUCCAAACAUGCAAGAAGUGAGCUCAGGUUUUGCACUAUGCAUAACAAAUUUCUAAUAUGCAUGUUUUACACAUGACUUCAUAUCCUCUACCUUGUCCCCACAUUUCAGUGUGUAUUUAAGGGUAAAGUGCUGGACUGGGAAAAAUGGAUAAAGUCAAAAUGCCAAUAAAUAUUUCAAACUCAAA